UACAUGAUCCAUUAGUCCUCAUAGUCUGGGCAGAGGAGGAAUAUAGAGGAGAAUAUAGAGGAGAUAAAGGAAAGUCACUGAGAUCCAUCCGUGGAGGGCGGCGGUCGCCUCCUCUUCCCCUGCGGCCGAGCUCGCCAGUCGCCUGAACUCGUCUCGCCCGCUGCCGAUCUCCUCUCUCUGCUCGUCGCGCCGCAACCUGGAGAGGGGACCGCGCUCGGUCGACUACCACCUGGGGAGCGGGCGGGCGGCGUCCGCCCUCUGCACCCCCCCGGUGUCCCCGCGACCGGCUCCGGCGCGGCCGGCACACAGGUCCGCAGCAGUAGUCCUUCUCUGCGGCACCAGAUCAUGCCUUUCACUUGUUGCAUCUCCUGCCUCAACUACGUGGACAUCAUCUUCUUCAUGCGCCGGCAAGGGUUUGAAAACUUCUCAUAUGCUCAUGCGUUCGGCGCUGAUUGUUGAAAGUAGCUUUGGGACUCCGAGGACCUAAAUUCUAAUCAAUUGUGAAAUCUGAAAGGUGUAGCUAUUUGUACUUCUGGAGGUGUGGGAAGAAAUGGAAUGCAACAAAGAUGAGGCCCAAAGGGCGAAGGGUAUUGCAAAGAAGAAGUUUGAAGCAGGGGACUUGCAGGGUGCCAGGAAAUUCGCCCUCAAGGCUCAGACUCUCUUUCCUGCGCUUGAGGGCGUUGAUCAAAUGAUCGCCAUCUUUGAUAUCUAUCUUGCUUCAGAAGGGAAGGUUGCUGGGGAGAAGGACUGGUACUCUAUCCUUUCUGUUCCCUUGAACGCAAACGAUGAAAAGAUCAAGAAACAGUACAAGAAGUUGGUUCUUCAGUUCCACCCUGAUAAAAACAAGUCAGUGGGCGCUGAGGGUGCUUUCCAGAUGGUUCAAGAGGCAUACACAGUGCUAUCGGAUAGAACCAAGCGAGCUGUAUAUGACCAAAAGAGGAAUGUGAGGACAUUCCAACAGAGGACAGCACAAUCAGGUAAAGCAAGCACGGUCCCUGGUGCAUCCAAUGGCUUCUAUAAUUUUGCAGCUAAUGCUGCUACUGCCUCCAAGUGGACAGUAAACAAGCAAACAGUGGGAUCAGCAACACAUGCCCCAUCUGCACCUUCAACUGCUACUCGUGCACCUGUGGCAAAGCCUGAUACAUUUUGGACCUCAUGCAACAAAUGCAAGAUGAACUAUGAGUACCUCAGGGUGUAUUUGAAUAACCAUCUUCGCUGCCCUAGUUGCCGUCAGCCAUUCCUAGCAAAAGAAGUACAAAAGCCACCAGCAGGGAACGUGGUACAAGAUUCAAACAUCAGUGGUGCUAAUCAAAACACAACCACUAAUAGAAAUUUGCAGUGGGGUCCAUUUUCAAGGGCUGCUGGUGCAGCUAGUGCCACUGCAUCGUCUGCUGCUGCUGCUCAAGCUGCUAAUGUAGUUCAUCAGACAUAUGAAAAAGUUAGGAGGGAGAGGGAGGAAGCACAAGCAGCGGCAAGAAGGGAAGAGGCUCUUCGCCGGAAGUACAAUCCUCUAAAGAGGCAUGCAAGCAUGUCAGGGAAUGUUAAUCUUGGACCAGGUGAUGCAACAUCUGGAAAGAAGACAAGGACUAUGACUAAAGAUGCUGAAGUUGGUUCUUCAUCCACCAUAUCCAGUCCAGGAGCAAAUUUUUUUAGAGUGCCUGGUGUGAAUAUAUCCUUUUCCAACAACAUUGGGGCCUAUGAGUUUCAAGGCGAUGAUGGUGGCCCCAGUUGGAAACCCAGGCCUCUGAUCCACUUAAGUUUAGCCAAGACCUUCUCUCAGAUGGAUCUUAGGGGUCUUUUGCUGGAAAAAACGAAAACUGAGCUUAAAAACAAGCUAACAGUAAUAAAAAGUAAAACAUCCCAAGUUGCUAGUGAAAAAGCGAGCAAGAAAAUUGCGGUCAAGGAAAAUGGUGGGGAUAAUGAAGCUCUUGGACCAGAAGAUCCUACAGCUAUUAAAGAUUCUCAUGAUUCAGAACAGACUGGUUCUAAUACUAGCACAGAUGCUGAAAAUGAAGAUGAUGACCACUUAUCUUAUAAUGUUCCUGAUCCAGAUUUCCAUGAUUUUGACAAGAAUCGCACUGAGGAAUGUUUCCAAAGUGAUCAAAUUUGGGCUACAUAUGAUGAUGAAGAUGGAAUGCCUCGUUAUUAUGCAUUUAUUCAGAAAGUUCUUUCCUUGAAACCAUUCAAGCUCAGAAUAAGCUAUCUCACAUCAAGAGCAAAUAGUGAAUUUGGGCCUUUGAAUUGGGUUUCUUCUGGCUUCAUAAAGACUUGUGGUGAUUUCAGGAUUGGUAAAUAUGAAAGCUGUGAUAUAGUCAACAUGUUCUCUCACCAGAUGAAAUGGGAUAAAGGGCCGCGCGGGCUUAUCAAAAUUUAUCCACAGAAAGGUGAUAUCUGGGCUGUUUAUCGGAAUUGGUCCUCUGACUGGGAUGAAGAUACUCCAGAUAAUGUGCUCCAUGCCUACAAUGUGGUUGAGGUACUGGACGCCUAUGAUGAAGACCAUGGCAUCUCCAUAAUUCCCUUAGUUAAGGUUACUGGAUUUCGAACAGUAUUUCAGCGCCAUCAGGAUCCAAAUGCUACCAUGAAGAUUCCUAAAGAAGAGAUGUUUCGGUUUUCACACCUAGUGCCUUUUUACAGGAUGUCAGGCGAAGAAGCUGCAAAUGUCCCCAAAGAUAGUUAUGAGCUUGAUCCAGCUGCUAUUUCUAAAGAACUGCUUCAGGGGAUCACGGAAGCAGUGGAGCCAAAUGGAACCUAAGGCAGUUGAUGAUGCCUGCCUUGGUUAACCUGCCAUUUUGAAGUAAUCGAGCAAAAAAAUAUUAACGCUUGCUAGUUUUAUAGAUUUCCUUCUGCUUUUGACUAUCACCUUUGCAUAGAAGAGAUACAAUGGGGCCAGUCAUUCAGGAGUCAGCUGCUUAGCAGCUUCUGGUGUAAUUAGCAGGCUCUGAUAUGAAUUUUGCUGUGAUAUGUUACUUAGGGCUUGUUUGGAUGUACGUGGAUUGGAGGGGAUCGAAGCGGCAUAUAAUCCCUUACUAGUCCAUUCCCCUCAAUCCCAUGCAUCCAAACCAGCCCUUAGCAACUCUAGAUGUGGGUGUACUAACGCGAAGCUCAAGCAGUUUUUAUGGUCAGUGUUGACACCUGUUAUCUCUGUUGCCUUUUUUGCGAAUUCAAAUGCUAAUUGAACUCGUGGCCGUUUGUUGGUUCUGUUAUUUUGAAACACCCAUACGUUGUAUGUGAAAAACUACUAGCAUUGCUUCA